GAGAGAGGAGAGGAGAGAGGGAUGGAGGAUAUGUGAAUGUAUAAACACAGACAUACAGAGAUGUUCCACAGUCCCACAGAGACUCGCUGCUCUGUCUCACACGCUCACACUGUUUUCCGAUCUGUUGCUCUCGUCACACCUCCAUCUCCUUCUCUCUCUCUUUCUCUCUCUCUCUCUCUCUCUCUCUCUCUCUCUCUCUCACACACACACACACACACACACACACACACACACACACACACUGAUCCUUUCUCGCUUGUUCUUUCAUACACACACAAGACAUGGAGGUCAUGGGCACAGACGACAUCACAGGUAGACGUGGGGCAGGAGGUGUUUUGGUGGACAUGGAUGGGACACAUGAAGAAGGAGAUCACAUGCUCAGGAGUCACAGUGAAGAGGCUAUUGUUGACUACGGCAAGACCAGAUCAGCAUUACAUGCAGACUUCGAGAAUGAAGAACUAGAGAGUCACAGAGCAGUGUAUGUAGGGGUUCACGUCCCUCUUGGGAAGGAGAACAGACACAGGCGUCGACACCGAGGACAUAGACACCACCGCAGGAGAAACAAAGAGAGAGAAUCCGAGCAGGAUGCGGGUGAAAGAGAAUCUCUCGCACAAGACACCCCAUCUCAACGUGUUCAGUGUAUUCUGGGUACUGAGGACGGAGAUGUGGAGCAUAUUCCUCAUGAUCUUUUCACUGAGCUGGAUGAACUUUCUAUCCGACACGGCAACACAGAGUGGAGAGAAACUGCCAGAUGGCUGAAGUUUGAAGAGGAUGUUGAGGAUGGAGGUGAGAGGUGGAGUAAACCCUAUGUAGCUACACUGUCUCUGCACAGUCUGUUCGAGCUGCGCAGCUGCAUCCUCAACGGUACUGUGCUGCUCGACAUGAAGGCCGACUCCAUCGAUGACAUUGCAGACAUGGUGAUAGACAGCAUGGUGGCAACAGGGCAGCUGGACGAGUCGUUAAGGCAGAAGGUGCGAGAGGCCGUGCUGAAACGUCACCACCACCAGAACGAGAGGAAGCUAAGCAACCGCUUCCCGCUGGCUGUGCGCUCGCUUGCAGAUAUAGGCAAGAAACACUCUGAGCCGCUGUUAUUGGAGCGCAGUGGUGACGGUUUGUCUGCGUCGCGUAACUCUCUUUUGAAACUGGGGGGCUCUAUUUCCAACCUGUCCCAGAGGAGCGACUCACGAGUCUCCAUGCUCCUAAACCACCUCCUACCUGGCCCAGGCCAUGGUACCUCACCCAGCCCUGUCCCCACACCGCAAAGCACCCCACCACCUGCUCGACACUUUGACCUGACUGACGGAGCCCCGCAAGUCCAUCUGGAAAUCCCUGAGGUUGUGGUGUCUCCACCAGAGGAGGACGAAGAGUCUGAGGAGGAUGUUUUGGAUCUUAGGGCUGGUGAAGACAAGUAUUUGUGUACUGUGGUGUCUUCGACUUCUCUUUCUGGCUCUGUGGAUGCAGGCAGGUUGAGUGAAAACAGAUCAUCCAAGUUAGGCAACAGCAAAGAAGGCAGCACUGUAGAUCUUAGCAAGGUGGACAUGAACUUCAUGAGGAAGAUUCCUCCAGGGGCAGAGGCCUCGAACGUACUGGUAGGGGAAGUGGAUUUCCUGGAGAAACCGAUCAUAGCUUUCGUUCGUCUCUCGCCUGCUCUACUGCUCACAGGACUCACUGAAGUUCCUGUGCCGACCAGGUUCCUGUUUCUAUUACUAGGGCCAUAUGGAAAAGGUCCCCAGUACCACGAGAUUGGACGCUCCAUGGCCACUCUAAUGACAGAUGAGAUAUUCCAUGAUGUGGCGUAUAAAGCCCGCGACAGAUCCGAUCUCCUCUCUGGCAUUGAUGAGUUUUUAGACCAGGUGACUGUUCUUCCUCCAGGAGAAUGGGACCCCACCAUCCGCAUCGAUCCUCCUAAGAACGUCCCAUCACAGAUGAAGAGAAAGAGGCCAACUCAACUAAACGGCACUGUGACUCCUACAGAGCCAAGCCAGGAGGAAGAACACCAACCUGGCCCUGAGCUCCAGAGAACAGGGAGAUUCUUUGGUGGACUGGUGUGUGAUGUAAAGCGUAAAGCUCCUUUUUACUUGAGUGAUCUGUUGGACGGCUUCAGUUUGCAGUGUAUAGCGUCAGUGCUGUUCCUAUACUGCGCCUGCAUGUCUCCUGUUAUAACCUUCGGAGGACUGCUAGGAGAGGCCACCAAGAAUAACAUAAGUGCUAUCGAGUCGUUGUUUGGAGCGUCUCUGACAGGCGUGGUGUUCUCUCUGUUUGCCGGGCAGCCUCUGACCAUUCUGGGAAGCACAGGGCCUGUGCUUGUGUUUGAGAAAAUCCUCUUCAAGUUCUGCGAGGAUUAUGGGAUGUCCUACCUAUCCCUACGUGCCUGUAUCGGGCUGUGGACGGCGUUCCUCUGUAUCGUCCUGGUGGCGACAGAUGCGAGUUCGCUGGUGUGCUACAUCACACGCUUCACGGAGGAAGCAUUCGCCGCCCUCAUCUGCAUCAUCUUUAUUUACGAGGCUCUGGAGAAACUGGUGCAUCUCUGCGAGACCUAUCCCAUUAACACACACACUGACCUGGAUAACCUCACACUGUCCAGCUGUCAGUGCUCGGCUCCCAGUCAAAUAUCCAACCAGACGCUGCAGGUCUGGAACUCGACGGGACACACUGCGGAAUCAAUACCAUGGGAUCAGCUCAGUGUGUCGACGUGUAAGCUCCUGCAUGGUGAGUUUGUAGGUCCUGCUUGUGGACACCAUGGGCCCUUCAUCCCUGAUGUGUUUUUCUGGUCCAUCACUUUUUUCACCACCUUCUUCCUCUCCUCCAUGCUCAAACAAUUCAAAACCGAAAGAUACUUCCCUACCAAGGUGACCACCACUAUCAGCGAUUUCGCAGUGUUUCUGACUAUAAUGGUGAUGGUGCUGGUGGAUUAUCUGGUUGGGAUUCCAUCUCCCAAACUUAAUGUUCCUGAUCGCUUUGAGCCCACCUCAAAGCACCGUGGCUGGCUGAUUUCUCCACUUGGUCCAAAUCCCUGGUGGAUGGUUCUGGUAUCAGUGGUUCCUGCACUUCUCUGCACCAUCCUCAUCUUCAUGGACCAGCAAAUCACUGCUGUCAUUAUCAACCGCAAGGAGCACAAACUCAAGAAAGGCUGUGGUUAUCAUCUCGACCUGCUAUUGGUGGCCGUGAUGUUGGGCGUGUGUUCAGUGAUGGGGCUGCCAUGGUUUGUGGCCGCCACCGUCCUCUCCAUCUCGCAUGUGAACAGCCUGAAGCAGGAGUCCCACUGCUCAGCACCGGGGGAACAGCCCAAGUUCCUGGGCAUCAGGGAGCAAAGGCUUACCGGCGUUCUCAUCUUCACGCUCAUGGGCUGCUCCGUCUUCAUGACUUCCGUAUUGAAGUUUAUUCCCAUGCCGGUGUUGUAUGGAGUCUUUCUCUAUAUGGGCGUGUCCUCUCUUAAAGGCAUACAGUUCUUUGACAGGAUAAAGUUGUUUGGUAUGCCGGCUAAGCACCAGCCCGAUCUGAUUUAUCUGCGCUACGUACCUCUGUGGAAGGUUCACGUCUUCACGUUGGUGCAGCUCACGUGUCUGGUUCUGCUGUGGGUUAUCAAAGCUUCGGCUGCCCGCGUCGUCUUCCCCAUGAUGGUGUUGGCGUUGGUGUUUGUGCGGAAGCUGCUGGAUUUCUGUUUCACAAAGCGAGAACUGAGCUGGCUCGAUGACUUGAUGCCCGAGAGCAAAAAGAAAACCGAGGAUGACAAGAAGAACAAGAAAGCUGAAAAGGUAAAGAGGUAG